UACAAUUUGAAAUUGGAAACCAAGCUCCCGUUUGAUCCAGAGCAUCUGUCAAACUUGUUGACAUGGCAGACUGGGGAAACAGAAGAAAUGGAACUGGUACCGGUAGAACAGAGGAGAUGCUGGACACUGAGAACCAGGCCAGAGUUGAGGGACUGGCUGGGAAAAUAUCCAGGCUGAAAGGGAUUGCGUUGGAUAUUGAAACAGAAACAAAGAGUCAAAAUAUGUAUAUGGAUGAUCACAUGAGCGGAGAAUUUGACAGCAGCCAGGGCCUGCUGACGGGAAGCAUGAACCGUAUCAACAGCAUGGUUAACUCUGGCAGGGGAAACAGGAAAGUCAUGUGCUACAUCAUUGCUGGACUUGUUAUUCUCUUCUUCAUAUCUUACUAUCUAGUGACAAAAGUGACAGGUGGAUGAAUAACAGCACUGUGUUCCAUAUGGUGUAUUGAUUAUAUUGUGGGAUUCUCAUUUUGUGAUAUAUGUUUAAUCAUGCAUCUUUCUAUUUCAAACUGAUUAAAAUGUAUUCAUGUUUAUUUUUAGCUCAUCUGUUUUUUCGAGGAAUAAAAUGUUGAGGUUUUGACAUAGCCUUGCAGACGUUGACUGCAUGCAAAAACUUCAUCAUAACUCAAAAAAAGUUAUUGAAAUAUGACUUGGUAUACAUGUUGCCAGAGAGAGACAAUAUUCACAUGUACAGAAAGGCCUAUACUCUGGCUUUAGCUAUUUUAAAAAGUUAUGCCCUUUUUUAAAAUGAAAAUCAACAGAUGAGCGUUAGCUUUUGCUCUGCAGCGCUCUUGUUUUUAAAUUAUCCUAGCGGUAAAAUAUAAUUUUCGGUACCCAAAACAAGGCUCAUGUGUUGUAUUUAUUAUGGUAUCUGUAUUCAUUUAUUAAAGAUGUUUUGAUGUUGAUUAUUGUGAAGUUUUAUUUGGUGCAAACAUUCAUUUAUUUACCUGUUCCAUAGCAUGUUUUGUAAACAAGCUGUGCUGCCUCAGAUCAUAAUAUUACCCAGACAGUGGUAUGGCAGUGCCAUGGAAUUUGUAUUGUACUGACUGUAUUAGAAUUUGAGUGUUUAUGCUUCUGGAAUAAGAGUCAUGCCAAUAAUUCUUAUUAUUUUAAAUCUGUGAUUCAUGUUAUUCCUGAUUGUAGAAAUGAAAUGGUAUGUGUACAUGUGCACAAUUUGUUUAUAUACAAUAAAUGUCUUCUGAUAUCCAUUA